AUGGCCAUCACGAAUCUCAGCUCUUCAGUUCGCGUCACUCAUGUUGGUACGGCGACGGCCAUCAUUGAGCUCGACAACCUCACCAUCCUCACCGAUCCUUAUUUCUCUCCAGAGGGCACCGAAUGGAUUGGCAAAUCAGGCGCUAAACUGGUCAAUUCAUACCAGCCGUCCCUUGGCCUCGAAGAUCUGCCGCCAAUUGAUCUCAUACUUCUGAGCCACGAAGAUCACAAAGACAAUCUGGACGAUUUGGGCCGCCAGCUUCUCAAUGGGCGUCACGUCUUCACCACCACUGAUGGAGCACGAAACCUUGCUCCACGAAAAGCAGUGCGUGGGAUGAAGCCGUGGGAAACGGUGAGCCUCCAAAUCGGCGGCGGGCCGCGGUAUGAAAUUACAGCAACGCCUUGUCAACAUCUCCCCGGCGGCGAAUGCCUUGGAUUUAUCGUCACCGCAGAGCAUUUUGGUACAUCAGACGGAAAGCCAAAUGCCGUGUACUUCUCCGGCGACACUGUCUACAUAGAGGAACUUGCCAAGAUUAAAGACCGUUUUCACAUUUCUGUUGCCCUAUUCAGUCUCGGCAAGGCCAUGGUUCCUAAACCCGGGGGCGGUCUGCUUCAAAUCACGAUGGAUAGCAAGCAAGCUGUGCAGCUCAUGCGCGAUAUCGAACCAGAUAUUGUUAUACCGUUGCAUUUCGAGGGAUGGAGCUUGUUUAAGGAGGGCAAAAGCGAAAUAGAGAAGGUGGUGAAAGAAGAGGGGGUCGAAGACAAGUUUAAGUUUCUUUCCCCGGGAGUCGAUACCAAGAUUUUGUAA